AUGGCUCCUUCACUCGUACCUCUCGCUGAAAUACCGACCGUUUCCCUUCUAUACAAACUGAAGCGCUUGGUCCCAGUCUCCUCCCCGCUCGCGCAGCCCUCCAAGGCCUUGAACGACACCAUCUCUCUGAUCCGCAACGACAUCACCAAAUUGGAUGGAGUCGACUGCAUUGUGAAUGCAGCCAACAAGUCUCUACUUGGAGGAGGUGGGGUAGAUGGUGUCAUUCACCGCGGUGCCGGACCUGGUUUGCUGGAGGAAUGCCGCACCCUCGACGGCUGUGACACCGGUGAUGCCAAAAUAACCUCUGCGUACGAGCUUCCAUGCAGACGAGUCAUUCAUACCGUUGGGCCAAUCUAUGAUCUUGAAUUGCAGAGAGGGAGGGAGCGCCCGGAGACUUUGCUGCGCAGCUGCUAUCGUCGCAGUCUGGAGGUUGCCGUGGAGAACAACAUGAAAAGCAUUGCCUUUUCAGCAAUCAGCACAGGCGUGUACGGCUAUCCAAGUGAAUUGGCUGCCCGCGCUGUUCUGGACGAGACACGGAAGUUCAUGGAGAGUCCGAGCAACAUCGGGAAACUUGAACGGAUCAUUUUCUGCAACUUUGAGCGCAAGGAUGAGAUAGCCUACGAGAAGUUUACUCCCUUGUUCUUCCCUCCAGAAGAUCAGGGUGCCCCUAGCGCCAACAGCGACCGCGAAUCUCAACUCGAAUCUGACGGUGAGUCUUCGAAAUCGGCGGAGAUGCUCGCAGCCAAGCUUCCCGACCCACCGACCGUUGAUCCUGCCUUGAACGGAGAACCGGAGACUAAGAAGCAAAAGGUUAACGCGGACCAGACCGAACGUAGCGGUAGAAGUUACAUGGAGGAUUUCUCUAUCAGAUCUGACGAUGACUGGGAGGAGGUUGACAAAUCGGAAGAUGGCCGCACAGAGAAGCUGGAUGACGAGCCGGUUGAAGUUGAUAGACCUCCCUCUGCGACUGAUGUGCAGAGCGUCCAGUCCAGUGGGAUCAUUGAGAUGGACGGUUCCAACGCUUCGGACAGUGUGCUGGCAAAGGACUGGUAG